GAAAGAACCAUGAAUCAGAUUCAUCUUCUCGUCUUCAUGAGCUGUGGUAUACAUUUCCUUACAGGUUUGUACACAUCUGAAGGGCCCUCUAAAAAGUACUACUAUGUGAAUGAAUCCAAAGCGUUUGCUGAUGCUCAGCAAUACUGCCGAGAGAAUCACUUUGACCUGGUGAGCGUGGAGGACUGGACGGACGUGGAGGAGCUCCUGGCUCUCGAGGACUCGACGAGCACCAAAUCUGCCUGGAUCGGACUCAGGAAAACACGGAGCGAGCAGUGGCACUGGGCCCUGGCUAAUCCACAGUUUUACAAAGACGGGGAAACUGAAUACAGAAACUGGGGACAAAGAGAACCAACAAACUACGGAGAUGAAUUUUGCUCGGUCAUGGAUUCUGCUGGAAAGUUUCGUGACACGACGUGCGAGACGAACAGGAGCUUCAUAUGCUACUUGAGCCAGGCCUCUUUGAUCAGAAAUACAGCAAGUACAUGUUAAUUAAUGACCCGAAGCCCUGGAGAGGCGCUCAGAGUUACUGCAGACAGCAGCGGUCAGAGCUGGUCAGCGUGAGGAACAAGGAGGAGAACCUCCAGAUCCAGCAGCUGAUACCUGCAGGAGAUGUCGUAUACAUCGGGCUUUUCAAAGACGCUUUUGUCUGGUCCGAUAACAGCACGUCUUCAUUCAGAAACUGGAAUUUUGGUCAGCCGGACGGGUCAGGAGAGUGUGUGGUGAAGUUACGACAAAACAGACGGUGGGAUGAUCAGAGGUGCAUCGAAACCAGACCCUUCUUCUGCUACGAAAGAAUAGUGUUUAGGCAGAUAUUAAAACUGAAGGUGGAAUCAGAUCAGAACGUGAAUGAUCCCGAUAUUAAGGCAGCCAUCCUCGAGCAGAUUAAGCAGAAACUGAUAUCUCAGGGAAUUUCAGUGCAUGCAAAUCUGCAAUGGAAGCAGCAGGAGAAUGGAGACGUCUUCCAAUGAGAAGAGAAGACGAGCAAGGAGUUAUAAGAUCUUCAGAACCAAAGCUCUA